AUGGCGGCAGGAGAGCUGCCUGCUGCGAGCCCGGACGAGCCCAACCCCUUCUCCUUCCGCGAAUUCGUCCGCAGCAAGGCCCGCAGCGGUGAGGAAGUGGUCGGCGCCUGCCAGGCUGCACCGCCCGGCGCCAGCCUCGGCCCCAGCCUAUUCCCGGAUCCAGUGCCUCCCGGUGAGGCGGAAGACGACGAGGAAGAGGAUGAGUGGAGCGAGAGCUACCAGCCCUUGGCCGUGGAGCAGGCCCAUCUCGCCGCUGUAGGUCCCGCCUCACCCUCUGCCGGCUCCUUCUUCUCUGAGAGCUUGGGGCUGGGGGGCAGCGAGGACCUGACCGUGGCCUUUCUUGGAGCUCCCCCAGGGCCGGGCUUUCACUCCCGGCGGCAGCCCAGCUACGAGGAGCUAAAAGAAGAGAAUGCCAGUUUGAGAAGCAAGAUCAAUAAGCUUCAGAUUUUCUCUGAAACUCAAGCAGACAAAAUGAAGAAGCUGCAAAAAAAACUCGAGGAAAACAAAAUUAAAGAAGAGAAAGAAGCACAGGAUCUGGAAGCAAUGGUGCAGCACGUGGAACAAAAUCUGCAGCUCAUGACUAAACGAGCUGUUAAAGCAGAGAACAGUGCUGCAAAACUGAAACAGGAGAACGCGCUCCUUCAGGUUCAGCUGAAGAACUACAAGACAGAAAAUGAGGCCCUGAGGUUGGGCCAGUCGGCGAGUCUGGCUGCAGUGAAACGAAAUGCAGACCUGGCCCUCCAGAACCUUCUCACAGUGAUAACGAACUCCCAGUCCUCCAUUAAGCAGCUCGUCUCUGGAGCAGAAUCGCUGCAGCUCAUCGCUGAUCUCCUUAAAUCAAUAGACAGAAUUUCUGAAGUGUCAGAGGAUGGACAGUGA